UGUACAUUUUCUAUGCUUGUACUUCCAUUUACAAUGAUGACUCCAGAGAGAAGGGUUAACGGUGUUUUAAUGGAUUUCUUCUUUGCUUUGCUUCUGGGUUGUUUGUUUCUCGCGAUUCCACUUCAUGGGCAGGAACCCCAGGACAAAUCUGGUUUCAUAAGCAUAGAUUGUGGAAUACCAGAUGGUUACACUGAUGAGACAACAAACAUAUAUUACAGUUCUGAUGCAAACUUUGUGGACAAUGGUAUAAAUAGUGACAUAUCAGCUGAGUACAAAACAGGAAAUCUUGAUCGGCGGCUGGCCAAUCUCAGAAGCUUUCCUCAAGGAAUCAGGAGCUGUUACACCUUGAGACCUCAACAAGGCAAAAACAAUAACUAUUUGAUGAGAGCUUGGUUCUUGUAUGGCAAUUAUGAUGGAAAGAAAAACAGACCAAGGUUUGAUAUGUAUAUUGGCGUUAAUCUCUGGGACAGAGUCCAGUUUUUGGACGAUUCUGAAGUCGUCACAAAGGAGAUCAUGUAUGUAGCCUCAACAAAUUAUAUACAUGUUUGCGUAAUAGACAUUGGUCUUGGAACACCUUUCAUAUCUGCACUAGAGCUGAAGCAUUUGAAUAAUUCCAUCUACAAGUCCCAGUCUGGAGGCAUGGUACCCUAUGAGCGGAAAUAUAUGGGUUCAUAUGGAGAGUACAUUGAUGAACUUGGUCGCAUUUGGACUCCCUAUAACUGGUCAAAUUCGGUGCAGAUCGAUACAUUUUUCCCAAUUGACUCCCUGAGCAAUAAUGACUAUAAACUGCCAGAGAAAAUCAUGAAGCAUGCUGUUAAACCACUGAAUGCUAGUCUUCCCUUGCAAUACUACUUGGACCAGGGUGGUACAAAUUCCAUUAGUUUCUAUGUCUACUUGCAUUUCUGUGAACUAGAGAAACUCCAGGAUAAUGCAGUAAGGGAAUUUGACAUUUUACUGAAUUGGAACUCUUGGGUCAAAUCUGUUGUUCCUAGUUACCUGAAGACAAAUACCAGCAGCAAAGAAAGUCCCGUUAAAGGAGGUGCGAGUGGAGAACUAUGGCUAAGUAUUGAAAGAACAAAAAGAUCAACACUUCCCCCCAUCCUCAAUGCCAUGGAGGUUUACGUGGAAAAAGAUAUGUCAGAAUUACCUACAGACGCAGAAGAUUUUGAUGCUAUGGUGAAUAUCUCAUUGACGUAUCGGGUGAAGAAAAAUUGGCAAGGAGAUCCGUGCAAGCCAAUGAAUUCUUCAUGGAAUAAUGUAAAUUGCAGCUACAAUGGUAACAAUUCACCAAAAAUUACGUCAUUGAACCUUUCCUCUACUGAUUUGACUGGGGAAAUAGCUCCUGCUCUCUUUGGUCUCAAAUCAUUGAAGUAUUUGGAUUUAUCAUACAAUAGCCUAACUGGACCUGUGCCUCAGUUUCUAUCAGAACUGCCUGCUUUGGAGAUUUUGAAUUUAACAAGCAACAAUCUCACAGGUUCUGUUCCCAAGGCUCUGAUGGAGAAGUCCUCCUUGUUAUUAAUUACGGAUGGCAAUCCCAAUCUCUGUCGGUCGGACACCUGCGAACAAGCAACAAAGAAGAAGAAGAAGAAUCAGAGCACUACUGCAAUAGUUGCAUCUGUUGUUUCCUCCAUUGUAUUUUUAAGUGCAAUAGCUAUCUUGUGGAGCUUAAAGAGGAGAAAACAUAAAGGCAAUGUAGGAGGCAGGACAUUGAAGUUGAAAAAUCGAAGAUUCUCAUACUCUGAGGUUGUGAGUAUUACAAAUAAUUUCGAAAGGGUAAUCGGGAAAGGAGGAUUCGGAACAGUUUAUCUUGGCUACUUGAAAGAUGGCACUGAAGUUGCUGUCAAAAUGCUCUCUCGAUCAUCAAGUCAGGGAUCCGAACAGUUCUGGACUGAGGCUGAGCUCUUAACAACUGUCCAUCAUAGAAAUUUGGCUGCCCUAAUUGGGUAUUGUGAUGAAGGCUCAAACACAGCACUCAUAUAUGAAUAUAUGAUUAAUGGCAACUUACAAGAAUGUUUAUUAGACAAAAAAAGAGCUGUCUUAACCUGGGAACAGAGACUUCAAAUAGCAAUAGACGCAGCACAAGCAUUGGAGUAUCUGCAUGAUGGUUGCAAGCCACCCAUAAUCCACAGAGACAUCAAGACUGCCAACAUCUUAUUGAAUGAGAAGUUGCAAGCGAAAGUUGCAGAUUUUGGAUUGUCCAGAAUCUUUCCCGUUGAAGAUGGAAGUCAUGUAUCAACUGCAGUUGUUGGAACAUUUGGAUAUCUUGAUCCAGAGUACUAUAUUACGAGCAGGUUAACUGAGAAAAGUGAUGUCUAUAGCUUUGGUGUUGUUCUAUUUGAAUUGAUCACAGGCCAGCCUGCGAUCAUAAAAAGCUGUGACAAUGAGAAUACUCACAUAGUCCAAUGGGUUAUGCCAAUGCUUGAGAGAGGGGAAAUUAGCAACAUUGUCGAUCCAAGGUUACAAGGGGAUUUUGACAGUAACUCUGUUUGGAAAACUUUAGAGACUGCAAUGGCAUGCGUACCAUCCAGUUCCAUCCAAAGGCCAACCAUGAGUCGUGUAGUCGGAGAAUUGAAGGAGUGUUUGGAAAUACAUGUUGCCAUGAGUGGAAAAGAUUUGGACAUGACAGAAGCUAACAGGAUGACAUCAAGCAAUGCAAUUGACAAUUUUGCCUCUGUGGAUCUUGAAUCUUCAAUGAGCUUUCCACAAGCAAGGUAGAGUAAGUUCUGGAAAGAAAAGAUGUUGUCUUAGAAGGUAAUCCUGCAGAAUUUCAAUUGAGAUUUCAGGGAGUCAAUUCUUGUUAAAAACAAAGAUUGAUUAUUUUUUCUUAUUACGGGCCCUUAUUAUUUAUUCUUCAUUAUACUGUUUUUUAUUAUAUUGAUGUUGUUGCGGUUGUUGAUGUUGGAUUUGCAAGUAUAUAUUGUCGCACUUACUUCUAUAAUUGAUUGUCCAAUUUGAUGUAAUUCUGUUGAUAUAUGAAAAUAAUUUCCUACUGAUUGGGAAAAAAAAAGUUUGUUGCUA